AUGAAUUUUAUGAAAGCAACAGCAGAUAAAGGCAAUAAAUAUGUAAAAUUUUAUACUUAGCAAAGAAUCAAACAAACUUAAUCUAAUAAAUAGGUAAUAGACUAUUUGACUAAUCCUGAGAGACUUAUCGAAAGGCUCAAUCAAGGAAAUUCAGACAAGACUCUACAUUUUAUUAAGAAUGAUAUAGUAAUUCUAUCUAACAUAAUUUUUAAACAGGCCAAUUAGCCUAAGAUACUUAAAAGAGCUGAAUCAGCAAGAAAAAUCAAUCCCUAUAAUAGAUACUUAAAAUAAAGUCAGACUAUGAAGGAAAAAGUAAGUCAUCGAGGUUCACAAGCAAAUGACUAAAGCUUCGUCUCAAUAGGCCAAGGAUCAGAAAACAUGAAUAAUCAGUCUUUUAACUAAGAUAAGAGUAUGAUUUAAAAACAAGAUAACAAGUCAAUGAGCAAGAAAAGUUUCUUGGUAAAUUCAAUUGAAGACAUAAAUAUGUUUUUACAAAGAAUUAAUCUUUAAAACAUUGACUAAACCGAGAUACCAAAACUUGAAUACCCUAGAGAUCCGGAAUAUCUUGAUCAAGUUGCCAAUCAAGUAAUUAAAGAAUAUAAUGUGAUUCAAGGUGGAAAUCUAGAUUAAUAGCAGAGCAAUUUAGAGAAAACCAAGGCUACAUUAAACUAUGUGAAGUCUUUAGAAAGUCUAAACACCAAUAUAAAUCACAUAUCUCAGAUCAAUAAGUAAAAAAUGGAAAGUAAUAAUAUCAGAAAGAAUAGAAGUCACAAAAAUAUUUCAAUUUCCUUGCCAAAGGACAAUGAUGACAAAAAUCUUCCUAAACUUAAGUCAGGAAAUUAUAACACUCCAAGAGAAAUGUUUGAUCAUCAAGAAAAAUUUAUCUAGAAGACAAUAGACGAGUAUAAGGACAAGCAGAGGAAGAUGAAAAUAAAACAGGUGCUCAUGGAAUAACAGAAGCGGAAAGCUACACCCAUGAUCAUAUUUAAGAAUCAAUAGAUUUAAGAUUAAAUCACAAGCAAUGAUAGAUUGACUCUAAGCAGACUAUGUGAGAAGACUAAUAACUAUAUAAACAAGACUUACUUGAUUGAUUAAUUUAAGAGGAAUGAACUCUCAAAUAUAUAAGGCAAUGGGAGCCAAAUAAUGCUAGAUUUGUUUAAUAGAGAAUCAUUUGAAUAGGAAUUCAGCACACUUAAUGACGAUCAUAACAACAAGCUGUUCAAGUUAGCAUUUAGAUAUUUACCUUAAAGGAAGGUCGAAAAUAUCUUUAAGAAGGAUAAAGAGAGAUCCUAAUCUUCGUUUGCUGUUGAAGGAUUAGUGUCUGGGGCUCAGACUCCUAAGAAAUAAAUUAAGAUACCUGUUAAAAAAGAUAAUAACAAAGCUAAAUAUAUAGAGGCUAUAAAAACACUGAGAGAGUAGUGCGAAAAGAAUUAGUUAAUUGAUUUUUCUGAUAACCCUUAUUACAAUCACAGACGCACUAGACAAACAUUUAGUUAGACACUUAGUCUCGAUGAAUUCAUUAAUAAAGAUUGA